ACUCCCGCUGCAAUAUUUGGACAAUGGCACCUCUUCACAGAGCCGAGAGUAAACGGGGACAGUUCAUUAGCAACGUUUCCCUUCAUUGGGCCAUUUAUUCGCAGCGUCACGCGUGAAAGGAGAAAACGCCAAACUUUUCCGAGCACUGGGCUUAAUCCAAAGGACGUUUAAAACUAGUAGAACCGUAGCACUUCACAGCUGCGAGUACCGUGAGGAGAAAAGCGGCGGGCGGGCGAGCAAGCGAGCGCGCGCCCUGUGCGUUUCCACUGACGCUCUUCGGCUACUUGUCUUGCGCUAAUCAUCCUGUGCCGCUGCCUCGUUUCUUCUUCGCCGCAGCCUCUGUGCUGGAGUCGCUGGUACGUGCAGUAGUCGCAAUUGUAGCUGUGGCUGUGAGCGCGAGCGAGCGCGCGCGCGCGCCGCGGGGCGAGUCUCGGCCGCUGUCUCGGUUGCGGCUCCCUUUUUUCUCUGGAGGAGGAGGAGGAGGAGAAGCGCAGCCAGGAUUCGGCAGAGGGCCGCCAUUAUCGGAAAGCUCGGGAAAGGCGGACGCAACACUUUCACGCGGGCACUCUCUUCACGAAAAAGCUGCGCGUUCGCGGCAGAAACGCCGUGCUCGCCCGCAUUUUCUUUCUUUUUUUUUUUUUUCUUCCCCGAGCGGGUGAAGCGGUGUUUGUCCGAACCGCGGCUGUUGUGGCGGGGCCGUGCGCGCGCUGCAACUCCGCUCGAGCGCGGACAUAACAAAGAGCGUUAGAGUUGGAGAAAAACGGCGUGGCUCGGGAAGCAGGCGGCCACGCGAGGGGCUUUUAAUGGGCUGAGGCGCCCCGUCGUCGGUGCGACACCCUGACAUCUUUGAGGCGUUUUUCCCCGGCGCGCGCGCGCACACCGUGUGAGGAACAACGGAGAAAAUGAGACACGCGUUGUCAUAUGUUCGAGACGAAAUGUGAAAAUUGACGGCGAGCCGGAGAGGGGAAAAAAAAAAAAACGAACAAGUACAUUUUUGGAUGUAUAUUAUUAUUCUUUUGUGCUUUAUUGAUUUCUGUGAAAACCGGCUGAAAGUGCACCUUCUCAAGGCCAAGAGCGGAGCAGGAGAGAAGAGGAGGAGGAGAGCUGCGCGAUGAUGAUUCUCCGCUGACACUCUUCUGAUUUAACUGUCUGCGCUGUGUAAGCAGACCUGACUCCCCUCUCAGGACUCCCCUUAGGCCUGCCUGGUGUGAGACCCUAUUUGGCUUUUGCUGGAUCAGAACACAAAUACAAGGACCUCAUGGAUCUAGCUGAAGCAACACCUUUUCCUUCUACUGAACGAUAAUCUGCUCCUCCUCCACCUUUCACAACCUCCUGUGCCACAUUCCCAUAGUUGACUACCAAUUGCCCCACCCUCUCCCUCCAUCCUUACUGCUCUUCUUCAGUGAGAGGACACAAAAUAUUUUUGCUACAAAAGAAAGUAACAAUUGAUAUGGAACAUAUAAUGUCUAGAUCCAGAAUCAGCAGAACUAUAAAAUAAGUGUAAAGUUAAAGAUGAACAAAUGUAAUCCAAUAAGACAUCAAUUAAAUACUGUAUAUUAAUCAUUUAAAAGUUUUUUAUGGAUAGACCACUGUGGCCUGCUCUCUCAAUCUUCUAAGCAUGGCAGGAUGAGUGUUAGUGUGCGAUGAUGAUGGCAAAAAAACAAGACGUCCGGUCGCCCACAUAUAACCUUGUUGUGGUGGGUCUGUCCGGGACGGAAAAAGAGAAGGGACAGUGUGGUGUGGGCAAGUCCUGUCUAUGCAAUCGCUUUGUCCGGCCAAGUGCUGAUGAUUUUUACUUGGACCAUACAUCUGUGUUGAGCACCAGUGAUUUUGGUGGUCGUGUAGUUAAUAAUGACCAUUUCCUAUACUGGGGAGAAGCAUGCCGUACAUUGGAGGAAGGACCUGAAUGCAGGAUGCAUGUGGUGGAGCAGACUGAGUUCAUUGACGAUCAGACCUUCCAGCCACAUCGCAGUACAGCUCUGCAGCCCUACAUUAAGAGAGCUGCCUCCAAUAAGCUAGCCUCUGCUGAGAAGUUGAUGUACUUCUGCACAGAUCAGCUUGGUUUGGAACAGGACUUUGAGCAGAAGCAGAUGCCAGAGGGUAAAUUACUGGUGGAUGGCUUUUUGCUCUGUGUGGACGUGAGCCGGGGCAUGAACCGCAACUUUGAUGACCAGAUGAAGUUUGUCACUAACUUACACAAUCAGUUGGCAAAAACAAAAAAGCCAGUGGUGUUGGUUCUCACUAAAUGUGAUGAGGGUGUUGAGCGCUACAUUAAGGACUGUCAUACUUUUGCCUUAGCUAAAAAGAACCUGCAGGUGGUAGAGACAUCAGCACGCUCCAAUGUCAAUGUGGACUUGGCCUUCAUCACGCUAGUGCAACUCAUUGACAAGAGUAGAGGCAAGCUUAAGAUUGUCCCGUAUUUUGAAGCACUCAAACUUCAAAGUCAGCAAAUUGCCUCUGCAAAGGAUCGCUAUGAAUGGUUAAUAAGUCGCAUUGUAAAGAACCAUAAUGAGACUUGGCUUAAUAUCAGCCGACGCAUGCAGACAUCUUCAGAAUACAGGGAAUAUGUGUUCCUGGAGGGCACAGCUAAGGCUAAGAAGCUGUUCCAACAGCAUGUAUUCCGUCUUAAGCAAGAGCACAUUGAAAGACGUCGCAAGAACUAUCUAAUUGCUCUACCACAGGCACUGCACUUCUUGAUACCUGAUUUGGAUGAGGUUGAUCAUUUGAGUUGGUCUGGAGUACAAAAAGUCCUAGAGAAUAAACAAGAGUUUUCUGAUUGGUUUGUGGUGCUUGAUGAUGCACCAUGGGAGGAAACGUCACAUAUUGACAACAUGGAGGAUGAUCGCAUUCCACUGGACUUGCUGGAGACACCUGCAGCAGAGAAUAUCUAUGACACUCAUUUGGAACAUCUGCGCAAUGAACGCAAAAGAGCAGAAAUGCGGCAGGAGUUCAAGGCAAAGCUGAUCUCAUCACCAUUUAUAACAGCUGGUAAGCCUUGGGAGGAGGCACGAAGCUUUAUCAUGAACGAAGACUUCUAUCAGUGGCUACAGGAAACAGAGUACUUGGAUAUCUACAAUCAGCACCAAAAGGAAAUAAUUGACAAAGCUAAGGAUGACUUCCAAGAGCUUUUGUUGGAGUAUUCUGAGCUCUUCUAUGAGCUAGUAGUGGAUGCCAAGCCUAGCAAAGAAAAGAUGGGGGCAAUUCAGGAGGUUUUGGGGGAGGAACCCCGUUUCAAAGCCCUGCAAAAGCUGCAGGCAGAAAGGGAUGCCCUUGUACUAAAACAUAUUCACUUUGUCUACCAUCCCACAAAGGACAUUUGCCCAAGUAGUCCAUUUUGUAUGGACAGCAAAAUUGAACAAAUACUAGCCUCACGCUUCCCUACCCGAUAUCCCUUUUUUGAUUGCAAGGCCCAGUCAGGUGAGGUCAAAGCAGAUCGAAUCAACUUGGUGAUCCUAGGUAAGGAUGGUCUUGCAAGAGAAUUGGCUAAUGAGGUCCGGGCACUGUGUACUAAUGAUGACCGGUACAUGCUUGAUGGAAAAAUGUAUGAGUUGGUACUUCGGCCAAUUGAGGGUAAUGUCCGCCUUCCAGUUAACUCCUUUCACACGGCCACUUUUAAUCCUCAUGGUUGCCUGUGUCUCUAUAACUCUAAGGAGUCACUAUCGUAUGUUGUGGAGAGUAUUGAGAAGCUUCGAGACUCUACACUUAGCCGAAGAGAUAACAGCUUAUCCCACCUUCCUCUGUCUCUUCUUUUGGUCACCAAAAGAGGUGUGGGUUCAAUUAGUGACAUUGGUGGAGAGACAGCACAGAGCUUGAUUGCACAGGGGCAGCAGGUUGCUGGAAAACUGCAGUGCAUUUUCUUAGACCCUGCGUCCCCUGGAAUAGGCUGUGGGCGUAAUGUAAGUGAGAAGCAGCUCAACCAAGUCUUGAAGUGUCUCUUAGAUUCCAGGAGGAAUCUGAAUUUUGGUAACCGUUCUCCACCCCUUCCCCCGCUUCCUUCGGGUAUUAGAGACUUACACCACCAGCACAGUCUCGAGGCAGAUUUGCGCAUUGUUAUGUGCCUAAUGUGUGGCGACACAUAUGAUGUUGACCAGCUUCUUUCGCCAUUUUUGUUGCCCCAGCAUUGCCGACCAAUGUCUAGCCUACCUAGUGGCACUUCAGUGCUGCUGGAAUUAGCUGUGGGAGGCCAACGGCAGACAAUUGAACUCUCCCUGCUUUCCUAUCAUUCAUCUUUCUUGUUGCGCAAGAGCCGACUAGUACAUGGCUACAUUGCUGUUUACUCAGCCCGCCGCAAGGCCUCCCUUGAGACCCUGUGUGCUUUCCUAUGUGAAGUACAAGACAUAAUUCCAGUGCAGCUGCUGGCGGUCGGAGAGAACCAGACAGAGCUGACAGACUGUGAUGUCACACGAGAGCGGCUUAUACAGGGGGAAGAGCUAGCGCAUGAGAUCGAAGCCCGCUUCAAUACUGUGGUUUGUGGGCCUGGUGGGGUGGUUGGUGGCUUGCACAGAAUAGACAUGCUUCAGCCUUUCCUGAAAGAUGUUGUGGAGAAGCGCACCAUUGUGGAGGCAACACAUAUGUACGACAAUGUUGUUGAGGCCUGCACUACUAAUGAGGGCAUUCACUCUCCUCGCUGUGGCUCACCUAGUCCUGUCACUGCACUGGUGGACUCAGAGGAUGAUGUAGAGCCUUCACCACCAUACCCCACCUUGCGGGAUGAUAAUACUAGCAACAUCUUCAAGCUACCUGACUUAGAGUCCAGUGAUACGUUUUCCGUUAUCUCAGAAAUCAGCUCAUUUGAAAGCAAACUCAAUAACAAGGUCCCACCCCAAGUACGUCCAAAGCCAACUGUCAGUUUUGACUUCCGCAAGGUCAACCUCAAUCCUUACAUUGACCCAGCAGGUAAACGCAAAUCAUUGCCUACAGCUAUGACCUGGCCCCAAGGAGUAGAUGGUGGAUAUGACCCUUCAGACUAUGCUGAACCAAUGGAUGCAGUUUGCAAGCCCAGGCCCACUGACGAAGAGAACAUUUACUCAGUGCCCCAUGAUAGUACCCAGGGCAAGAUCAUUACCAUUCGCAAUGCUAACAAAACGCACUCCAACGGAGGAGGUAAUGGAUCGGAUAGUGAGGCAGAGAGCAGUUCUCUUGAGCGCAGACGCAAGCUGUCUGCCAUGGGGAUCAAGCCCAGGCUCUAUCGUGACCGAUCAAAGCGCCUGGGCAGGUUCAGCAGCUUCCGCACCAGCUUCUCCAUUGGCAGUGAUGAUGAGCUGGGAGUUUCAUUAAAGACCAAGGAGGACGAGGCAGGUGCGCAAAAGGCAGACAGUUCUCUAAAUGAGGAAAGUGAAGAUCCCAAGAAGAGGAAUAUUCUGAGAAGCCUGCGUCGAACUAGCAAGAAACCACGGGCAAAGCCUCGAUAUUCAAUUUCAAAACCAAUAGAGAGCAACUACUUUGGGGUUCCUCUGGUCAAUGUCGUGUCCCCCGAUCGACCCAUUCCGCUCUUUAUUGACAAGUGCAUCCGUUACAUUGAGGCUACAGGUCUCAGUACGGAAGGAAUCUACCGAGUGAGUGGAAACAAGGCUGAGAUGGAGAGCAUGCAGAGGCAGUUUGACCAAGACCACAGUCUGGACUUGGUGGAGAAGGACUUCACUGUGAACACCGUGGCAGGAGCCAUGAAGAGCUUCUUCUCUGAGCUGCCAGAACCACUGGUCCCGUACAGCAUGCAGAUUGAGCUGGUUGAGGCAUACAAGAUUAAUGACAGGGAGCAGAGGCUACAUACUAUGAAGGAAGUACUGCGCAAGUUCCCCCGUGAGAACUAUGAUGUCUUUAAAUAUGUCAUCACCCAUCUGAACAAGGUGAGCCAAUUAAACCGUGUCAACCUGAUGACCAGCGAGAACCUCUCCAUCUGCUUCUGGCCCACCCUCAUGCGGCCUGAUUUUACCACCAUGGAUGCUCUGACUGCCACUCGCACAUACCAGACAAUCAUAGAGACCUUCAUCCACCAGUGCGCUUUCUUCUUCUACAAUCAGCCCCUCGUGGACACCCCCAGUGGCUUCCCUGGGCAGCCUGUCUCGCCCAGUACUACUACGUGCGGAGGCUCUGCCUACUCCUACUUCCACCAGCAGCCAGGCCCGGCAGUCCCACACUUCAGCCCUUUGCAGCAGUCUCCAUCCCACUCCCCACCUCCUACCCCACAGUCACCCCUGCAGCCUCUUCUGCCCCCUCUGCACCCACACCACACCCCAGCAGAGCAGCAGACGCUAUGAGAAUGAAAAGGGAUGAUUCUCACUGUAAUGCUGGAAUUAACUCAUAAACAUGCAAGCACGCACACAGAGCUCGGACAAGGCACCCACAACGGAGAAAGGAAGAAGCGAUAGAAAUCAAGGAACAUUUGAGCCACAUUAAUAAUUUUCCAUGUUUCUUCUUCCACACUUGUUUUGCACGUUUGUUUGUGUUCUCUCUUCCUUUUUAUUUUCCUUCCAUCUUAUCCCCCUGCCUCAAAAUGAAAUGCACAGUGAAACACAAAGAUGGAAGGAAGUUGUCUAAAUGCAUAUGACAUACGUGCACAUACCCACCCACACACAGAGAUGUGUCUGUACUCCUGUGGCCAGAGGAAUGUCAGCUCACCUAUGACCGAGUCACACCUUGACCAGUCACAGAUGGGGAAUUAGAGCUAAAAGGGUCCUACUGUCCCUAAUGUCGAUUCUCUUUGCAGCCUUGAGGCAUGGUGGAGCACUUGAGAAAUAAGGGUUAAUGGAUAUGGACAGAUGGACCCUUGCUGGACUCUUAAAAUGCCAGCUUCUGGAUCUCCUUCUGACCUCUUUAAUCCUCCUUGUCCAAUAGUGCGAUGCCACCACCCUGUUUCAGAAAGGACGUUUGUGGCUAGUGGACCACUCUGGUAAACCAACAUGCACUGUCUUGGAAGGAGACGGGACAGUUUACAAAGCGGGGAAUCGUCUUCCUAGUGGAGCGUUGCUGUGAUGCUCCGAAGCAGAUUGGACUGAAGCACUGGUUGAAAUGGAUGGAUGCAUUAUUAUGUAUCUCUCUUUGGAAGUCUAUGAACACACUGUUUUUUGCUUACUUUUCUGCACUAAACAAGAAACUAUGGCACCCCCACUCCUCUGAAACAUCAAUGCCAAUAAACUGAACUUGAUCUCGAAAAAAUGUUGCAGAAUGUUCAGGAUUGUCUGGCUGAAUAUCCAGCGGCCUUCUUCCUGUCUGCUAGCAGUACACGUCUAAGCUAGGAGACAUUUUAAGUAUAAUGGUUUUAUUUUCUUCCUUUUUUAUUGGGUUAGCCACCUGCCCUGCGGUUGAGUUAGUGACUUCAGACACAUGACAAGUGUGUGGGACCAAAAUGCACAACCUGUGAAUCCCACUCAUUUAUGCCCAAUAAGUCUCUAUAAUUUUUCUAGCAAUUGUGCACCCUGUAGACCAAGUCAUUCUGCAGCAAUCGAUGAAAAAGUUUGUUUGAGGUGGUAACAGUGGAGACAGAAGUUUUUUUUUUUUUUUUUUUGGUAACGUUAUUAUUGCUCAGUAGUUUGGAAGGUAGUUGCAGUUGUCUGUUGACUUGUCAGGUCUGGAGCAUCACUUUCCCACUCUUUGAAAAAUGCACCAGAAUGAAACAAGGUUUGAAACUAUGCUGGAUUCAUGGCUAAAAUGCUGGCUUUGUUUUUAAAAUAUUUGAACUUGUUUUUGAGAGGUGAUUACCUUGGACAGAGUGGAAAGGUUUUAAAACGAUUCAAAUUUCAGUGUACAAUAGAACAGAGGUGAGUGCACAACAUGUAAGAAUAGUUUGUGUCUUUUGACAUGUUUACUCUGGAUGUGGUUUGAGAUGGAAAAGUGUUGUUUGGUUUUAGUGGGUGGUUGAGUGUAAAGGUGAGUUAAGGGAUGAAUCUGUGGCUCACGAAGGAGGUAAAUGACAGUUUCAGUACUGCAAGAGGGAUCUUGCAUUUCUGGUGCACACCCAGAUAAGGGUAAAUAUAGUUCAUUUUCAUGUUCAUCCCCUUUUAAGUGUGGUACAUAUUGUGAAAAGAUCCAUGCUGAUAAAACUGGACAUCUUAUCUGGAAGUCUAGGAAACCACUAAAUUUUAGUAAUCAUUAAUUUUAUUUAUCAAGAUAAAUAAGAUUGAGGAGGACGAUGGGACCUGACUUGGAUGCAUAACUUUCACCAAAUACCCGGUUCUUGUGGGUUUUUUCUGGGCAGUCAGUAGCUGCUUAUAAGGAUGAAGGGACCGUAGUCGGAAGUUUUUAAACAUGGAGAAAUCGUUAUAAGUUAUUAAUUUGCAUUCAAUUGAUCUGAGUUUUGUUGUGACUGGCAUUUUAAAAGAAGUGUACUGGCAGUUGACUAUAAAAACAGGCAAAAAAAAAACUUUCAUUGGACAAAUUGUGCUUAAUAGGCAGAAAUAAAUGUUAGGGGAAUUUUAAGACCAUGUUGUAAACUUCAGGUAAUGAACUUGGUUCACUACCGUUUUUUUUGCAGGAAGAUUUUGCGCGCACUUCUGUGUGUGUGUGUGUGUGUGUGUGUGUGUGUGUGUGUGUGAGAGAGAGAGAGAUCUGAGCUCUGUUGUGACUGGUCAUGUUACUUGUGCUCAGCAGUGCUCUGGAUGCUGGAAAUGAUGGAGUGCUGCUUCCACCUACUGAGCAGAAGCCACUGUGCACAACAGGCCGCAGGAUCACAGCACCUCAUUUGAAACGUCCCAGCUUGUCUAAAACGUGCUUUCAACUAAUAAUGUUUAUGUAACUUUAUAUUUUGUGGCAGUCGCAUGGAUCCCCGGCCUCAAAAGGCAUAAAUGUCUAGUCAUAAUCGUACCUUCCUGCUGAAGAAAAUGUGCGCACACAUCGUCUGAACCGCUUGUCCCAUUCGGGGUCGCGGGGAGCCGGAGCCUAGCCCGGCAACAC